AUGGCACGUGAGUUAGCAGACGACACGAUUAAGAUGGCACACCCGGUCAUAGAAGAGGCGGAACCAGAUAUGGCGACACCCUAUGACUGGCAGGUUGGGAAAACUUUGGCCGAGACCAACAAACACAUGUUCGACAAUGAGAUUGGCUGUGACGUCGCAUUCUUGUUGGGGGAUGAUCGCAGUGGAGUGUAUGCUCAUAAAUAUGUUCUCAUCAGCCGCAGUUGCGUAUUUUGUGCAAUGUUACACGGACCAAUGGCCGAGCGAACUUCUGAAUACAUCCACAUUCCUGAUAUUAAGAGAGAAACAUUCAAACAAUUACUAGAGUUCAUGUACUGUGAAGACACUAAGGUCGACUUAAAGAACGCUCCAUAUUUACUUUACGCCGCCCGGAAGUACGGUAUCGAUGCUCUCGAGGAAAAGUGCGUGCGCAUCCUCGAACGCGGUAUCUCGGUUGAGAAUGUUUGUGAGGUUAUACGACAAGCAUACCAGUUUGAUGAACACGAACUUAAGAAAAAAUGUCUGGAUUUCAUUUUUCGUCACCCAAAAGAAGUUUUACGGUCAAAUAAUUUCUCGGAUUUACCAGAUCCAGUCGCAAGAGAGAUCAUCCAAGCCGACGAACUCGCCGUGAAAGAAGAGGUUGUCUUUGAUGCAUUGAUGCGGUGGUCUGAAAUGGAGUGCAUGCGACAAGAAUUACCGGUGACAGGCAGGAAUCAGAGGAGAAUAAUCGGUGGCAUGCUGAAGUACAUCCGGUUUCCUUUAAUGUCAACUAACUACAUAAAUAAUGACGUGUUGCGUUCAGACAUUUUAAAUACUGAUGAGGUCAGAGACAUCAGGGAAUAUUUCUCCGGCAAAAGUGAUGGCGAGACGAAAUUCAAAUCGGAGAAGCGAUCAGCAGGCGAAAACCACGUCCUCCAUUGGCGGUUUGGACCAGUGAGCUGUAUCCACAACGAAGAGACAGCCAUUUCUUUCUCUGCUUCUCGACAGGUCCUUGUAUAUGGAGUGCAGAUUGAUGGCAGUGCGUACUCUGACGAAAUCUACGACGCCGACCUAUCUAUCUUUGACACAAGCAACAAAGAGCUUGGCAAAGUAAAAAGAAAACUAGAUAUUAAAAAGAAUAACUUAUACGAUGUUUUAUUUAAUGCGGCACCAAAAAUCGACAAAGGCUAUAAAUAUACAGUAAUUCUGAAGAUACAAGGUACCCAUGGUUACUUCGGCACGAGCGGCAAGUCCAGUCCUCCCCUCAGGGACUCCAGUCCCACGGUAGUCUACCCAGAUGGCGAGUUCACUCGCAUUAUUACUAACAAAAACCAAGUCCCCGCCAUAUUGGUAAAGCCUUACAUACCAUCAUCCUGA